UCAGGUGACGUGCUGAGCGGUGGCGCUGUUCUUUGCCGGUGGCGGCGUUGCAGAGGCUUGCGGCGGCGAGGGGACGGAGGCGGAGGCGGAGGCGAGCGGCGGCGGCGGCGAGGGGAGAGAGGGAUGGCGAGGCGGUUGUGGAGGUGGUACGCGGACCGGCAAUUCAACAGGUGGGAGAAGACGGUGCUCUGGGACAUGGUGGAGCCGUACCGCCCGCCGCGCUCGUUCGCGCCACUCAUCGGCACCUACGUCGCCGCCUUCUACACCGGCGUCGUCGCCUCCGCCAUCACCGAGCAGCUUUACAAGGAGAAGUACUGGGAAGAUCAUCCGGGCGAGGCCGUGCCGCUCAUGCCGCCCAAAUUCUACUGGGGGCCAUGGAGGGUGAUGAACGGAGAAGUUCCACGCUUUAUGCAGACACCAGAAGAGGCGAAACCGGCAUAAAAUCUUCAAUGAUCACUGAAUCUUUUAAAUGUUGCGUGUCUGUAAGGACACGAUAUGUAGUGUUUGUUGCGUGAAUAAACAGUUUGCCCCCAUCGAUCUCAAGGCAAGUAGAGUUAGAUACGAUCUAUAUUAUACGGUAUAAACGGUUUAUUUCCCCUUAUCCCCUUAUAAUGAGAAAUUGGAAGUGUUCAUGAGUCAUAAAUCUUCA